CAUCACGCUGUCAGUGCGGAAGUGCAGAGAGGAAACAGCAACGAUCGCAGCUCUGGUGCCGCUCAGUUUAGACUCUAAAGACGGAUAAAGCACCUUACAAUGUCGGGAUUUGACUCCAACCCGUUUGAAGAUCCAGUCGACGUCAAUCCCUUCCAGGAUCCGUCUGUCACGCAGGUGACCAGCUCUGGAAUCGAUCACAUUGACAACUUCAAUCCGUUUCCUGAAGGCCACACCGUGACGGGAAGCACCAUCCCGGCCUCCAGCGGCCCGUCUCAGCCCGCCGUCCUGCAGCCGUCAGUGGAGCCCAGUCCACAGGCCACGGCUGCAGCUGCGCAGGCCAGUCUGCACAAACAGCAGGAGGAGCUGGAGAAGAAAGCUGCAGAGCUGGAGCGACGAGAACAAGAGCUGCAGAACAGAGGCGGGCCGACAGGCAAACAGAACAACUGGCCUCCUCUUCCCAAAUUCUUUCCCAUCAAGCCUUGCUUCUACCAGGACUUCUCUGAGGAGAUCCCGCAGGAACAUCAGAGACUCUGCAAAAUGAUCUAUUACCUGUGGAUGUGGCAGUGUGUGACGCUGUUUCUGAAUGUUCUGGCUUGUCUAGCUGAGUUCACCACUAACUCAGAUGCAGGCGUGGACUUUGGCCUGUCCAUCCUCUGGUUCAUACUGUUCGCUCCCUGCUCCUUCCUCUGCUGGUUCAGACCGGUCUAUAAAGCCUUCAGGUCCGACAGCUCCUUCAAUUUCUUCUUCUUCUUCUUCAUUUUCUUGGCUCAGAUCGCCGUGUCUGUGAUUCAGAGCGUUGGCAUUCCUCGAUGGGGCAACAGUGGCUGGAUUAGUGCCAUAGAAGAGAUUGGCAAAAACAAAGCGGUGGGUGUCAUCAUGAUGGUGGUGGCGGCCUUCUUCACUGCCACGGCUGCGCUGUCGAUCAUUUUACUGAAAAUGGUUCAUUCCCACUACCGUCGCACCGGCGCCAGUUUCCAGAAGGCACAGCAGGAAUUCUCCCAAGGUGUCAUCACGAACCGCACCUUCCAGACCGCAGCCGCCAGCGCAGCCACCACAGCCGCCCAAAGCUCUCUGCAGAGGAACUAGAAUCAGAAAGCACCACCGAGAUCCUGCAUCUCUUCCCUCACUGUCACGGCGGCUCACACCGAACCCAAAGCCCAGCUCCGCUCACCUGCUUUGGUUCUGGACCUCGAUUUGGCACUACUUUCGAGUUUAAUGAUUUGUUUUGAAACAGAAGGUAUGAAGUUCAUCAGUGUGUUUGUAUAUUUGUAUGUGUGCAGAAAUUGUGUCCUGUUUCCUUUUUGACCUUGCUUAUGCUGUAUAUAAAGUAAUUUAAUAUUUCCCGUCAUCCAUAGUGGUACGGGAGUCUCUUUAAAUUAACAAAAAAAUUAUUAUGAAGGAUCUCAAAGCAAUGAUUAUAAGUGUAUGUCAUGAGAGUCUAGAUGUUACAAUUCUGCUAAAAUUUUAAAGAUUAUAGAGUUGUAAAUAAAAGCUUUCAUUCCUAUAUUUGAUUUCCUGAAAACAUUCUGCAUUCUAUAUUAGUGCCAAAAAAUAAUAAUAUGCGCCUAGAAUUCUUUGGAGGCGUGGCCAUGUUUGCAUAAUUAGGAUCUUGACGGACACAGAGAACAUUACUGUUAUUGUCUUAAUCGUAAGACUGAAUGAGGGAUGUAGAUUUUUGUUUUGGGUGUGUUUUUUGGUAACUGUGUAGAGCAAUGUUUUUUUUCUCCCAUGUGUACAGACUUAUUUUAGGCUACUGAUUGUAAAGCGUCAAAUCAAAAUAGUUUGAUUAUUACUCAGACUUAAAUUUACAUGGGUAAUAUUUUAGCCUUAGAAAGUCCUAAAUUUUGGAACGAAUGGGUAAAAUGGUUUGCCAUAAAAAAUGCCACUUGCUGGAAAGGGUAAUAUAAUUUUGUCAGUACUGUUAUUUUUUAUUAUUAUUUUUUGAGCAAAUUAAAUUUAUGUGAUUAACAAA